AGCUGCGGACGAAGUCAAGGAAGGGGAGCAGUUUCACAGAUGACACGGGUGCUCGGGCUGCAGUAGUCUGUUUACACGACACUCAGGAUAACUGAUAUAUGGUUGACAACAAGUAAGUGAAGCAAACAUCUCGGGCAGCGUCGUCCGAGGCGUUCUGUUUUCGUUGUCGUUUAGCUAACUCGCCGGUAGACAUGACUUCCUUGACUCAGCGGAGUUCGGGCCUCGUGCAGAGGCGGACCGAAGCCUCGCGCAACGCCGCUGACAAAGACCGUCCGUCCUGCGAGGAGGACCACGAGCCCCGGCGGGGAGACGAGCAGGAAGACGACGACACCGGAGACUCCAAAGAAACACGUCUGACCCUGAUGGAAGAGGUGCUGUUGUUAGGACUGAAAGACAGAGAGGGCUACACCUCGUUCUGGAAUGACUGCAUUUCAUCGGGGUUGCGAGGGUGCAUGCUGAUUGAACUGGCCCUGAGAGGACGCCUUCAGCUGGAGGCUUGUGGCAUGAGGAGGAAAGGUCUGCUGGCCAGGAAGGUCAUUUGUAAGUCAGAUGCUCCAACAGGUGACGUGCUGCUAGACGAAGCCCUGAAACACAUCAAAGACACCCAGCCGCCAGAGACGGUGCAGAGCUGGAUCGAACUGCUGAGUGGAGAGACGUGGAACCCCCUGAAACUUCAUUAUCAGCUGAGGAACGUCCGUGAACGGCUGGCCAAAAACCUGGUGGAAAAAGGCGUCCUCACCACUGAGAAGCAGAACUUCCUGCUCUUUGACAUGACUACACAUCCUCUGACCAACAACAACAUCAAGCAGCGUCUCAUCAAGAAGGUCCAGGAGGCUGUACUGGACAAGUGGGUGAAUGACCCUCAUCGAAUGGACAAGCGGCUGCUCGCGCUCAUCUUCUUAGCCCAUUCUUCCGACGUCCUGGAAAAUGCCUUUGCCCCGCUGCUAGAUGACCAAUACGACCUGGCCAUGAAGAGAGUGCGGCAGCUGCUGGAACUGGAGCCCGAGGGAGAGAGCAUGAAAGCCAACGCCAAUGAGCUGUUGUGGGCUGUGGUGGCCGCCUUCACCAAAUGAGGCUACCACAAAGAGGACACCAAGCAGUUAUGGCAUUCAAGUGGCAUUGUAUGUUGGGGUGGGAAUCACAGUAUUGACCCCCCAACCUGGUGACUUGACUGACUUACAGUUAACCCCUGCCUGGACUUUUGGAAUGGGCUGCCCUCUUUCCUUGUCCCCCCCCCCCCCCCACCUCAUCCUCCUUCCCUCCCAGAUAACAGUCCUUGUUGAUCCUUCAUGCCCCCCCCCCCCCCCUCUGUCAUUUAUGUGUUCACUUUUGCUAAAAAAAAUUAUAAUAAUAUGGAACUUAGAAUGAAAUGGUUGGUGAUGAUGUGGGUGGAGCUGAAAUCAAGAUAUUGAUUCAUAUCCUCUUUUUUUCUAUUUGUUAAAUCUUUUUAUCUUUAACAGUUAGAGGUACAGCGUGUAUGGCACAAGUUACUCGAGGUACCAUCCUGACACACCUCAGAAUACAAUAACCAAUGUGAUGUAGAUGUGUACAGAUGUGCAGACGUGUACAUGUACAGGACAGUGAUGCUGACAAGUCUUUACAUGGUUAUUCUACCAAAUUUGAAGUGUAAGGAUGUGAUCUAUUCGUUGACUAGAGGACAGAUCCAAGUAUGAGUCUAGACCUAGAACUACUCUGUUGAUGCCUCGGAACCCAUCCCAUCCAUCCAUCACAUAUACCUGCUCAUCCAGGGACAACAACCCGCCCCCCGCCCCCCCCCACCCACACACAGUUCAUGUGUAAAACGGGACAAAAAGUCUAAACAUGAAUGGAAGCUAUAAACAGGUCCAGGAAGGUGGAGUUUUGACUUUUGCAGUAUGACUUUUAUUAUUGGUUAAUUAGACUCAUCUCCAUUUGUUGUUUAAAAUGAGUAGAACUGGUGAACAUUAUGAGACACACAAACAUAUACAGUUGAUAGUUAUGAUGGUGGAAAGAAAAAUGAAUGAUACUAAAUAUACAAUCUACAGUAUGAAACCCCUGGGAAUCUAGCACUAGCAUGAGACUCAAAGGCAAACUACUCUGCUCCUCCCCUCCCUCCCUCUCUCCCUAACUCUCCCUCCCUAACUCUCCCUGCUCCGUUAGGCCCCGCCCAGUCCUCCACCUACAUUCUGGUCACGUUCGCUGUUUCAGCUGAUGCAGGAAUCAGGACCUAGCCAGCCUGUGAGUCAGACCCAGUGACAUCUUCCAGCAGCUAAUGCUAGCUUUGGCAUUCUCUGAUUGGUUAGAAAGAAGAGGCUUGCUCAGAACACUUUAGGAGGGAAUAUGUCGGCGCUGCUGCCAGGCUGUUCAAUGAGUCUGCAGCACCUCAACACACUAACAUAGUUUUUGGAGCAAAUUUCAACUAAAAUUAUAAUUUUUGAAGUAAUUCUUGAACAUACUAUAGCUUUAAUGAAACUUUCUGACAUAAUGAAUUGAAAACAGGUCAUACCGUCUCAAAAAUCCUCUGACUUUUUAUUCAUAGUGAAACAUUUUGAUGUAGGACCCAGGCUUGGAUUGUAUCACUUCUAGAUACACUGUCUAAAUGUGCUCAUAUAAACCAGGUUAGCCUGUAAUAUCUGUCUGAUUUGCAGUAACAUCAGCUGACACAAUGUUAACUGACUCUGACAAGGGGAAAAUGCAUCUUUGUGUGCUUGGCUGUUGAGGAUUAAACUGAAAUAUUUUAGCAGCGGGAACAAACUCAGGAAAGCAGAGCCAAUCGAUGCCAGCUACCUUUGUUAGCAAAAUUCAAAUAGACAGACAAAGUUUUCACCUUCUCAAAAUAAACCCACUAUAUCUACUGAACUUUGAAAGAAUCCAAAAGUGUGAUCAGAAGAAUCAGAAGACGGGCUCACAUUCCAGAUGUUGAUGUAUAUACUUGUGUAUUUGUAUCAGGCACAAAUUCACACUGUCACUUUUCCAGAACCGUGGAUCAGCUGCACUGUCUUUCACUUGUUGGACAUUGUGCUCAAACAUUCAACAAAGCCUUGUCACAACAAACGUUGCUCUUAAUUUCAUAUUGCCUCAAUUUUUUGAAUUUUAUUUUCACAUUUGUUCAACUGUUCUUUGCUUUAACACAGAUUUUUGCUAACGAAGCUCAUGGAUCUUGUGAAAGACUUUGCUGAGUGGAGAUCGCCUCCUUCGGGGUGCUGUAUGUAGCAGAGAGCUGAGAGUGAUUAGACAGAGACUGUGGGGGAAGAGGAGAGGUGGGCAACAGGUUUAUGCGUCUGAGAAUCACCUCGUAUUGUGGAUUGAAUAUGAGAGAUUAUAUGUUAUCUAAAUAAAGGGACCUCUAAUCUGUGUA